AUGUACAUUCAGGCGGUAGCUCUGUUGGAUCUAGGCGAUUCUGGUGGCGAAAGUGCAGCUGCGGAUUUGAACAACGAAUUCGGCAAGGAUCGUGCCAUUUUCGUCGUCUGCGACGUGUCAAAGAGCGAGCAACUUAAAGAAUCGUUCAAGAAGGUAAUCGACACCUACGAGACGCUAGAUAUUCUUGUGAACAUCGCUGGUAUCAUGGACGAUGCUGAUUGGGAAAUAAUGGUCGACGUCAACUACACUGCGAAAUUUCAUUAUUCGAAUUGUCGGAUAAUUAAUCUUCGUUUCCUGCUGAUAGAAAGGUAUCGUUCAUGCGACGAUCUUGGGAUUGCACGCUAUGGGGAGAUACAAGGGUGGCACUGGCGGGAUUAUCGUGAACAUGUCGUCCGUAGCUGGCCUCGAGGGCAUCCCGAUCGCGCCAAUUUACGGUGGGACACAGUACGCCAUCGUUGGCUUCACCCAGUCGUUGAAGGUGAAAGAACGAAUGAACAAAAUCUAGCUUUUCAGCUGCUUGGCAUAAAGAGAAAAACGGCGACGUGUAAAAUUUCCAUGUUUGCCUUGGACAAUCAUUAUCACGAGAAAACUGGCAUCCGCAUGUUGACGAUAUGCCCGGGACUAACGACCACCGCUAUGGCCGCCAGAUUCAUGUCCAGCAAAGAGCACGCUAUGGAUCUCCUCGACGAAGAAACCGCCGCUGCGGCAAUGACCACCAUGCAGAAACAACCACCGGAGCACGUGGCCACCGCCAUUAUUCAACUGAUCGAGCAUGGCAAGAACGGCGCCAUUUUCGUCAUCGAAAACAAUCAACCGGCGUACGCAGUCGAAAUUCCUAGUUACAGCACGUUGAAAGUCCCGAUAUAA